AUGAAGGACUUGACAGAAAAAGGUUUAGGGUACGCAGCAGAGUUGAUGAAGAGAGCGAAAGAGAGAGUAAACGAGCAGUACGUGAGAGAAGUUGUGGAAAUGGUGAGUUCGAGUCAGGCGAGUCCUGACUCAGUUGGUGUGUUGGUACUGUCGCAAUGGUCAAGGCUAGGAUUAGACAGGGUAGACUUUGGGCUUGGUAGGCCCGUGCAGGUGGGUCCCAUUUGCUGUGAUAGGUACUGUCUGAUGUUGCCUGUCUAUGAUCAGAAGGACGCUGUGAAG